GUCGAUAAACGAUAACACCACCGAUUGCCGUUGUUUACCUCCUUCAACGCACGUGCAUCGCCGUGUUUGUGGAAUUCUUUGAUUUAACAAAGUAUUUAGGAACUCCACGAUGCCGCCCAUUGCCCAGGAGGGCAAUUGCCUGAUCUACCGCGGCAGCAACUUCCUCAAGCAGCGCCUAAUCCUUGCCUGCCUGUCCGGCAAACCGGUGAAGAUCAACCAAAUCCGAGCGGAGGACGAGAUGGCGCCAGGACUGCGGGAGUACGAGAUAAGUUUGAUCCGUCUGCUAGAUAAGAUCACCAACGGAACCAAGAUCGAGCUAAAUCCCGCAGGCACGAGUGUCAUGUUCACGCCGGGAUUGCUGCACGGCGGUCAGAUCCACCACGAUUGCUGUGUUCAACGUGGAAUUGGCUACUAUUUGGACGCCCUGAUUGCCCUGGGUCCGUUCUGUAAGAAUCCGCUACAUUGCACCCUGCGCGGCGUGACCAACAGCAAGGACUCGCCAUCGGUGGACCACAUCAAGGGUGCGGCACUGUCACUGCUCAAGCGAUUCCUGCUGGUCGACGAGGGCCUCGAACUGAAGGUGAUCCGCCGAGGAGUUGCACCACUGGGCGGCGGAGAGAUCACCUUUCGCUGUCCAGUGCGAAAGAGCCUGCGUGCCAUCCAAUUCCAGUCGCAGGGCAUGGUCAAACGCAUCCGGGGCACAGUCUACGCCUGCAAAGUCUCGCCCGCAAUGGCCAAUCGCACCGUGGAGGCGGCCAAGGGCUGUAUGCUAAAAUUCCUGCCCGACGUCUAUAUCUACACCGACCAGAACAAGGGCAAGAUGUCUGGAAACUCGCCCGGAUUCGGCAUUUGUCUGAUUGCAGAGACCACGGAUGGCGUAUGCUUCGCCGCCGAUUGCAGUUCGAACACAAGGGAGGAGUCGGACACCCCGUCCAUACCCGAGGAUCUGGGCCAGGAGGUGGCCAUGCGUUUGCUGGACGAGAUCUACCGCGGCGGCUGUGUGGACUCCAGCUACCAAUGGCUGGCAGCACUCUACAUAGCAUUGGGCCAAAAGCAUGUCUCCAAAUUCCUCACAGGAGCUCUGUCCACCUACACGGUUCACUUCCUGCAACAUCUGCGCGACUUCUUCUCGAUCACCUUCAAGUUGGAGAAUCCCGAGGCGGAAGAUGAAGACGAGGCUGGGGAUGUGCGAGGUGCCCAGAAGGUCCUCAUGGCUUGUGUCGGGAUCGGCUACACGAACAUCAACAAGCGUGUUACAUAAACUAUUCUCUAGGCUAACACUUGUAAGAAUAAAUAUGUUUUUUUUAUGACAAAUUAGAAAUUAAAUGUAUUUAAAUGUGGAGAAAGGUUUGUUUGUUUUGUAAGAUAAUAAAUUUCCAUCAAUAGAAUU